ACCAAAAGGUACCCGGCACACUAUGUUCUAGGGAGUCUGCACCCGUUGUAAUCUCUCCUAAUUACCUUACCUUACAGUGAGUGAUAGUGACUUCCAACACCACUCCUGCACUUCUAUUUCCAUCCAACCCAUGCAUGCAUGCAUGCACUUACUUAAUCUAUUCUAUUAAUUGAAGGAACAAUCAAUAGGCGCAACAGAGUUUGAUCUUUCAUCUCUAUUGUUUAAUUCCUUAGCGGCCAUCUCUCAACGCUCAUUCGCCUCUUACGGUUUAUUAAUCUUCGAUAUUUAGUUUCAGCUGGAAGAGGUUGGCUAUCAAUUGUCCGACUUUCGGCUUGCUGUUGGUUGCACAUUCAUGCAACUCUGUGCCUCGCGUACAUUCUUCAGCCUUGUACGCCAUCGCAUCACCCGCCAGGCAAAGGAACGAAUAAAUAAACGAACGAACGAACGUACAACGAACCGAUCAAGAAUAAACGAAUAAUCAAGCCUGUCUUUAUACGUGGGGUUGUUUCGAGUGUACCAGUAACGCUUCGCCGCAUCCGCUUGAUCACGAAUCGAGCUCCCUUUUACCAGCCGCAUCAACAAGCUUCAUUCGUCUACCACCAGCUUCAAUUGCUGCAGCAAAACGCUAGCCGCAAAGGCUUGAUUCCUCACAAUGUCUGGGCGACCGACAACCCCGGCCUCACCCAAAAACAUCAAGGUGAAGUCUCCGGUCCCCGGAUCACCAAUGUUCGGCUGUGAGCAUGUACAACUCCUCCUCAGCAAGAACCAAGAGGUCAUGAACAGCUCGAUCACGCACUACAAGUUAAUCCUCCGCAACAUCUUCGAUGCGACACCCAUCGUCCCCCAAACCUCAACACAAGAGGGCCGACCCGUUACAACGCUUACCUCGAACUACCUCUGUCUACAAUGUCCAAUGACCGUGUCUGAGGAAGAUCGAUUGAAACACGGAACCAAGAAACAGCAUCGUUUCUAUGUUGACUCUCGGAGCGGUUGCCUGUAUUGUCAGAUGUGCGACGAUUUUGUCUGGGACCCAACUCUCGAGGAGCUUCGAGUGAGAAAGAUAGGAACUGGCUCUUUUUCUGGUAAGCGAUUGUGCACGGAGAUGCAUCAAGUCAAGGCUCGUCCAUACGCGAUACAGAAUGAGAAGGAAUGGCUGUGUCUUUGACUGCUAUGUUGCUCGUGGAUAGUUUUCUGUUGCCUGAAAUUAACUGUUGGCCAGGUCGCAAGAGAAAACACAAUGAGCUCUUCUCGGACUCCAUGAAGGAUGACCCUCGGUAUAUUACUAACAAUACUACAACCGCCUCCUGUCGUGCAAACGGCCUGCGCGGCAUCUACAACGCCGGUGCGACCUGCUAUCAGAACGUUGUUCUCCAAAGCUUCUUGCACAACCCAUUACUGAGAAACUUCUACCUAAGCGAUGGUCACCAGAGCAAUGAUUGCCAGGUCCCUCACUGCCUGAGCUGUGCAAUGGACGACAUGUUCCAAGAUUUUUACGCCCUAGAGAACACUAACGGUUAUACUGCUGCCAAUAUCUUGUCAGGUUUCUGGAUCUCCGAGAAGAAGGCAUUCGAGAAUCUUGUUACCACCAAAGAACAAGACGCUCAUGAGUUCUUCCAGUUCUUAGCUGAAGAGCUUCAUGAACGAAAUGGUGAUGGAAAAAAGCCGGAAAUCGGCAGCGAACAUAGCUGCAAUUGUAUCAUGCAUCAGACAUUCUACGGCAAGAUGCAGACCACAACAACAUGUCAGAAUUGCUCAGGCCAGAGUAAUUCCAUCCAGUCGUUCCUUGAUCUAAGUCUAGGUCUCGAAAAUGUCGUCCAGAAGAAGAGCAAGAGGACUGGUCAGAAGAAGCCUUCUCUAACGUUGCAGGAUUGCUUGGACGAAGAAUACAUCAAGUAUGACAAGUGUGAGUAUCGGUGCAACAACUGCAACGGGACUCAACAAGCCAAACGACACACCAGCAUUAAGCGGCUGCCAAACGUUCUGUCAAUACAGCUUAAGCGCUUCGAGUACAGACAUGGCCGCCACGAUCGUGCCGCGUCAAAAGUCGACAAUGAAGUCAAAUUCCCUCUCCAACUCAACAUGCUGCCUUAUACCAAUCGCGUUCGCAACCACGAGAGCCGUGAGAGCCUUGAGCUGGAGCGAUCAUGCACCUAUGACCUCCUUAGUGUUGUGGUUCAUGUGGGUGAAAUCGACACUGGCCAUUAUACAUCAUACUGUCGGGUCGGCGACCAGUGGUUCAAGUUUAAUGACCACAAAGUCGAGUUGGCGAGCUUAUCUGACGUCCUUGGGGCUCAGGCCUAUCUCCUUUUCUACAUCAUUCGCUCGCUGGCCUAGACACCCAAUCUUGUACUUGUAGGCCGACGGGGGUUUAGAUUAGGAGAGCCAGAUAGGCGUUAAUGAUCAUGAUCAAUAAGUCGACUGGGUCCAUAUAUCAACUGCAGGUUGAGCGCAGUAUGGAGCAUUGCUCGGCGCAUAUAUGUAGUUUAGUUACACCGUGGCAGCCUACUGAAUAGGGCGGUCAUGGUCUCUCUUCAGAUGUAUCUCUUUAUCUAACUGCGACGAACUUCACUGGGUUUGGCAUAUCCCCAGAUAUUCCAUAAGUCAUCGUACCUUGUGUCAUGUUUCCCAGUCUUGCGUAUUCUUCCAAGACCUUGAGACGGUUCCAGCAGCGGGGGUCUUAUUUCAACACCUCAUAUCUCCCCUUCCACUUCCACUUCAUUAAUCUGAUUCAUCAGAUCGCCAAUCCCAGGUUGAGCUCUCAAAAUUGGCGUAGCAGUAAUAGUGGUUACUUAAACCCGCGUGAGCAGGCUCGAAGGUUGUCGCAUAGACUCCAAGAGAACGGUAGAGCUUGUCGACAAUGGUAGCCAUUCGUUCUCCCGUGCAGACAAUCACACGAGGCGACUUUGGCUUGACGAGCCAGCGGCCUGUUAGGGCAACUAGUGGGUGACAUGUCAGUAGUGAAAUGGGAGGGUUUAGAUCGUGAUACGGGAUGGGGUAGCAUCUGGAUAGUGGCCAGGACGAUUGUGAGCAUUACUUACACUUUGUCUGGCAGUCAUUGCUGAAGAAUGGAGGAUCAAUGAUAACACUAUCCAAGCUGCCCUUCAGAUGAGCUGAGACAAUAAUAUCAGUAUAUGCCAAAAGCAGUAUUCAACUAGUAAAGCGGUCAUACCUGGGAGUUGAAGAGGUCGCUGGAAGUCAUAGAAGACAAACUCAGGAAAGACGCUGAAACGGUGGUCAUGUUCCAACAAGACCAGCUUAGGUCGGUCUUCAAUAGGCCAGAAUCUCUGUGUCCCAGUCAGUUUCUGGGUUCUAAAUAUCAAGCCCUGGGCAUGACAGAAGUCAGGGUUGAUCCUACAAGACGAUUCUUGAGUGCAAUGAAUACGCUCGGUGUCGAGACUACACCAAUAAUCGAGCUUGACGAUGCGCCAUCGAGGAGCUGAUCGGCCAGAGCAAAGGCUGUUUCGUCGAGGAACUAGAUCGUCAGGCCCAUGUUAGUAUUUCUUUCCACAAUGUCAAUAUCAUGAAGUUGUAGCGCCAAGACCAGCCAAGUACGUAAUAGAUACCCCAACUUCAGACAGGCAAAGGCACAGACUCUAUCCCAGAAGCCGAUCGCGAUGCCAUCUAUCUCCACCGCUAGAGCAAAAAGGUGGAAGACAACUGGAUGAGAGGAGCGUCUUGUGCCUUGUUUUGUGCAUGUCGUCUUACGUACCCAAAACUGCGAUUCGUUCCAAUCCUCCGUAAACGCCGCCAUGCUCAGCGGUUGGUCGUCCGCAUCCUCCGCUACAGGGUCCUCGUCUUCCGGUUCGACGACGCCGAGUCCGGCUCCAGCUCUCGGAGCGGCGCCGGUCCUCAGUUUCUCAAAUGUCUUUUCAUGGGCGUCCUUUUCGGCGUGGAACUCGGCCAGCGCGGCCAAGGCGUGACUCGAGAGGCUUCUGGAGACCAGCCAAAGUCAGUAAACUGGGUCCUGUAACUUGGUGUGACAUGGAUAUUUUGUAUCUCUCACAUGGGCUCUUCAUCAUCAAAAGACAUCGGAAUGUUGUCGUCAAAACGUAUCUUUUCGGUUUUGAUAUACGGUCGAUUACGGAGACUCGGCGCUUCGAUGCGAUGCGACAGAAGGUUUUGUGUGAGGGUUUUGGCGGGGUCCUCUUUACUGCACUGCUUCCUUG